GGGGGAACUUGCCAUCGCAGGAAAGCAGCGGGCGCGGAGCGCUCUCCCUCUGGCUAGCGGAGGAGCUGCGCAUGCGCUAGGGACUUUGGGGCGGAGCGGACACAGAGAGCGAGAGAGAGAUGGGUCUGUGCGUGCGCGCCGGGACCUGAAAUUCCGGGGAGGACGCGUGCUCGGACUGCGGUUGCGCGCCGGGCCUGCGCACGAGCGGGGGGCUUGACGGCGCACGCGUAGGAGGGGCUCGCGCGGGGCGGGAGGAGGAGGAGUCUUCGGAGCCUCGAGCUCAGUGUGAGGCGGGAGGCGGACGAGGAAGGAGCUCCCGGCCCUUUAACCCUUAAACCGCCGCUGGUGCCUCUUCCGCCUCCGCCGCCGCGAACCCAUGCAAGGCAUGAUCGAGAUGGCGGCGGACAAGGAGACAUUCUUAGUCCCGGCCCCGCCGCCGCCCCUCCUCAAACCCCCGCCCAGAGGAGGAGGGGGCGGGGCUGGCGGGGGGGACGUCCCCCUGGUGCAGCUGCGUCAGGGGGCCGCCCCGGCGGAGCAACCCCAGGAAGACGCCCAGGCCCAGCCAGCGGCGGCAGCAGCAGGAGGCCCUAGGGAGGACACGGCCUCCCCACUUCGCCCCUCCGCCAGGCUGAACCAGGGGGCCGCCCCAGCCCACGACUCCCUCCCGCCUCAGCCCCCCGUCCAGCGCAGACCCCCGCCCAAGGGAGGGGGUUCCUCCGCAGCAGCAGCGGUCGAGGAAGGGGAGGACAGCGUGUCCGAGCUGCAGCGGCCCCGUAACGGCUUCCAGCCGCCGCCGCCGCCGCCCCACCACCAGCCGAGGGCCCCCGGCGGGGGAAAGAGGCGCAGCAGCUGCAACGCGGGCGGAGGGUUCAAGCACCCGGCCUUCAAGCGCCGGCGGCGCAUCAACUCCGAGAGCGACCCGGUGCUGCCCUCGGAGUUCCUGCUGGGGGGCAACAUCUUCGACCCGCUGAACCUCAACAGCCUGCUGGACGAGGACGUCAACCAGGCCGUCAACGCCGAGACCCCCAAGUCGUCUCCGCUGCCCGCCAAGGGCCGAGACCCCGUGGAGAUCCUCAUCCCCAAGGACAUCACCGACCCGCUGAGCCUCAACAACGCCCAGGAGGACCAUCCGGUGUUGGCAGCCCCCGUCAAGCCCGGGCGGAAGCGUCACCGCCACCGGGGGGCACAGAGGGGGACAGCAGGACUGGAAGGAGGCGGAGGUGGCACUGGCGGAGGCAAACCCCCGCUGCCCGCCUCGUGCAAAGGGUGCCAGAAGACGUGCAACGGGGCCACCCCGCAGCCCUACGAACUCAACACGGCCAUCAACUGCCGGGACGAGGUGGUGUCUCCCCUGCUGCCUGCCACCGGGGAAGCUCAGCCUGGGCAGCAGGCCUCCGGGUGCGCCACGCCGUCAGGCACUUCUGUGGCCUCCUGGACAGCCGGGGGCAGCAGCAGCCGCCACCACCACCACCGCAAGAGGCGCAGGACUAGUAGCAAGUCAGAGGGAGGAGGAGGAGGAGGAGGCCGGCAUUCAGGGGCCUCUACGUCCAGCGAGCAGCCCUGCCGAAGCAGCCCGGACAGGGGGCACAGCGUGCCAAGGGGCCGCCACCCUCAGGCUGCUUCUGGCCAGCCGGUCCGGCAGCAGCCACCGCGCCACAAAUUCCAGUACGGCAACUACUGCAAGUACUACGGCUAUCGCAACCCCAACUGCGAGGACUUGCGCCUGCGGGUGAUGAAGCCCGAGUGGUUCCAGGGGAAGGAGGUGCUGGAUGUGGGCUGCAACGUGGGGCACCUCACCUUGAGCGUGGCCAAGAAGUGGGGUCCCGCCAGAAUAGUAGGGGUGGACAUUGACGGGGCCCUCAUCCACUCGGCCCGCCAGAACAUCCGGCACUACCUUUCGGAGGAGAUGCGCGAGGAGCAGCAGCGUGGCCAGGAUGGCGGCGGCAGCAGCGAAGGGGCCAGCCGUGCCAAGAAAACCUUCCCAGCCUCCCUCAUGGCCAGCCGGGGGCCGAUCGCUGCACCAAGGGUACCCCAGGAUGGGGUGGACGCCACGGUCUUCCCCAACAACGUGUUUUUCGUCCAGGGCAACUACGUGCUGGAGCAGGACGAGCUGCUGGAGGCCCAGAAGCCUGAGUACGAUGUGAUCCUGUGCCUCAGCCUCACCAAGUGGGUGCACCUCAACUGGGGCGACGAGGGCCUCAAGCGCCUCUUCAAGCGGUUCUACCGCCACCUGCACCCGGGCGGUAUCCUGAUCCUUGAACCCCAGGCCUGGUCCUCCUACGGCAAGAGGAAGAACCUGACGGAAACAAUGUGCAGGCAUUACUACCGGAUCCAGCUGAAACCAGACCAGUUCCCUUCUUACCUGACUUCCCCGGAAGUGGGCUUCUGCAGCUACGAAUUGGUGGCCACACCCAGGAGCACAUCAAAAGGAUUCCAGCGACCCAUCUAUCUCUUCCACAAGGCCGGUCCUGGGGCCCACUGAGGGUGUCUCUGCCGCCGAUGCCUCGCCCCUCCAAUCAGCCACUUGCUGGGGCAGGGGGGGGCCAACGGAUGAAUGUUGGACACUUUGCUGGCAGGAGGGGAGAGCCUCUCCUCCCAGCCAGGACGGAGCAAGCCAGACUUAAGACUCCUGCAGCCUUUUGUGGGCUCGGGAAAGCCGUGUCGCUUGCCCUCAACCACCAGAGGGCUCCAGAGACUGCAGUGGGGCAGCGGAGAUUCGCCCUGGAGCAGGACCUUGACUACUGUUAUGGGGUGGGGGUGGGGGGGCUGAGAAGGGGGUGCACUCCAGGAGGGUGGCGUUUGCACCGAGGUGUCGUUUUUCUUUUUCCGGUUUCCCUUUGAGGUUGUGGACCGUCACUCAAGCCAGCAGCAUGGCCAACAGUUUGGCAACAUCUGGAGGGGAAGAGACAGGGUAGGCAGCUGGGAGACUGGAUGGCUGGGAGUUUACAGUAUAGUAGCAGCAGUUAUUUCUCUGACGGGUUUCCCCUUUUGCCAUUGUCAGUGCCUGUUAAAAGAGGCUCAGCAGGCACCUUCCGGCUGUUCCUGCGCUACAACUCCCACCAGCCUGUUCUGAAACCUCGGCCAGGGAGAGAAAAGAAUUCUAAAGUUGGCGGAGAAAGGAGGAGCUGCGUCUGCGGCACUGAUUGUCCCUUGAUAGCUUCAGGUUGGUUUGGUUGGAAGAAGAGAGGGUGACCCAGCCUCCACCACCCUCCUGCAAAAGGGUUCUCAGAGUCUCUUAACAUCCUGUAUUGGGGAGCAGGGGGGGGGGCCUCCCCUGCCGUGGCCAGCAGUAGACGCGAGAGGCCUCCCCUCUCCCUACUCGAGUCCCUGGGGCAACGUCUUCACCGCAAGGAGGAUUUUGCCCCCACAUGGACACAGCUAGCAGGAAGACACAUGCCUAUAUUGCGGCUGGGGUGCCUUGCUUGUCAAGGUAGGAGGAGGAAGACAUGACCAGCCUCGAAUGCCAGCUUCCCGUACCCUGCCCAUGUUCGUCAAGUGGGAGACGGCUUUUUAAAAAAACACCAUCUUGUUUCCCACAAAGAAAACGCCACCUUUCUGGGGAGGAUCUGAAGGGGACCCCUUCUCUGGAGUUCUUUCUUUAAAAAAAAAGUUGAUUCUAUAUAUAAAUAAAAGCCUACAGAUUAUUACCACUC